AUGAAACAGAAGAGAGGUGGAAAAUUCGUCUUUGAAGGAAAGUUCCCCUUGAUCAAAUUUAGAAUUUUUGAAGAAAGUGAUCGGUCGAAAUCAGAAGAUCAAUCCAUCCCUACGGAGUCUGAAGACAUUGUGCAUUCAACCUCUAAACCAGAAUUUGAGGAAAUUCAUGAUUCUCCUACAGCCACAGUGGUGGAGGAACAUGAUCAUCACCAGGAGGAUGAAACUAAAUCUGCUCAUGAGGAUGAUGAUGAUGAUGAUCUCUAUGGUGAUGUAGAAUUUUUGAAGGAAAUUGAGUUCACAAGGUUCAGUGAUGAUAUCCCGACAGACAUUGAGCUUGAUCUUAAUGAUGAAGAAUUUGGUCCUCUUCCAGGAUUCCCCAACAGCUACCUUAAUAAAUUCAAUGAAGUUGCCUCUUCGGCAACCAUGACUAGGGAAGAAUGA